AUGGAAGACCACGUCAAAGGCCUUACUAAAAUCAAGGAUCCUAAACUCCACAAUCUCAUGGCUGCUGCGGCCAGUGCAGCCCUCAGCCUUCACAUCUUUGAGCAGUUCUUCUUUGUGUAUGACUAUCAAGUCCAGCAGAGCAUGUCCCCCAUGAGCUGUGUUGAAUAUGUAAUCAAAUGUGACAUGUCAGCUCUUCAGAAGAUUCUGUACCGCCACAUGCAAGCCAAGGGAAUCCUUCUCACAGAUGGUUCUGAGAAAGACAAGAAGGGAAAAGGUGGGGCAAAAACUCUUAUGAACACAAUCAUGCAAUUGAGAAAGAUAUGCAAUCACCCGUAUAUGUUUCAACAUAUUGAGGAAUCCUUCGCUGAACAUUUAGGCUACUCAAAUGGUGUCAUCAAUGGAGCUGAGCUUUAUCGGGCCUCAGGGAAAUUUGAACUACUUGAUCGUAUUUUACCUAAGUUACGAGCCACUAACCAUCGUGUGCUUCUUUUCUGUCAAAUGACAUCACUCAUGACCAUUAUGGAGGACUAUUUUGCAUUUCGAAAUUUCCUUUACUUACGUCUUGAUGGUACAACAAAAUCGGAGGAUCGAGCUGCCCUGCUGAAGAAGUUUAAUGAACCUGGCUCACAGUACUUCAUCUUCUUGCUGAGUACAAGGGCAGGAGGGCUGGGCUUGAACCUCCAGGCUGCUGACACUGUUAUAAUCUUUGAUAGUGACUGGAAUCCUCAUCAGGACUUGCAGGCCCAAGACCGAGCUCAUCGAAUUGGUCAGCAGAACGAGGUUCGAGUCCUGCGACUGUGCACUGUGAACAGUGUGGAAGAGAAGAUACUCGCUGCUGCAAAGUAUAAACUGAAUGUAGAUCAAAAAGUUAUUCAGGCUGGAAUGUUUGAUCAGAAAUCUUCAAGCCAUGAGCGGAGGGCUUUUCUACAGGCUAUAUUAGAACAUGAGGAAGAAAAUGAGGAAGAAGAUGAAGUUCCUGAUGAUGAGACUCUGAAUCAGAUGAUUGCUCGACGUGAAGAGGAGUUUGAUCUCUUCAUG